ACAUUUUCUAUUUCUAUUCUUCAUCAAACACUUUCUUCUUCUUAACUCACGUGCUAGUUUCUCUUUUUAAUCUUUUUGUAGGUGCAACUACAGUUUUUUACCCAGAAACUACAAGGAUCGAUGGCAGGACCAUUUGACACUGUCAAAGGGAUUAAUACCACCACCAAGGAAAAAUGGAUGAUUGGAGUUAGAAUAACAGAUAUGUGGAUUGUUACAAACAUGAAUAACCAUCAACAUCUUGAAAUGGUUUUAACAGAUUCCAAGGGGGAUAAAAUUCAAGGGAUAAUUGUGAAGGAUGACAUAGCAAAGUGGGGAUCGAUCCUCAUUGAGCAAAAGACAUAUGUGAUGCAGAAUUUCAAAGUCCUAAAGAAUGAUUUACAAUUUAAGCUUUGUGACCAUCCCUGCAAGAUGAUCAUUCAUGGUGGGAGUGUAAUUUGUGAACAUCCUUUUCCAAACAUUCCUCGAACUAAGGUUGAGUUUAAAACUUUUGCUGAAAUACUGACUGGAAAGAUGUCAGAGCCCAAUGAUAGUUAUGCUGAAGUAGAUACUCCACCUGGUGAUCCUAUUGAUGCUAUUGUGCAAAGCACGUAUCCAAAUCUUGUUUCACAAUACAAUAAUGAACAGUUUUUGCAAUCAAGAGCUAUUUUGACCUCAACAGAUGAGGUAGUUGAUCAAAUAAAUGAUUAUGUACUUAAGUUGAUUCCUGGUGAAGAAAGGGUGAUUUAUAGUGCCAACAGGUCAGAGGUAAAUGAUGUACAAGCAUUUGACGCAAUUCCUCCUGAAUUUUUACAAUCUCUCAAAACAUCUGACCUGCCAAAUCACAAACUCACACUCAAGGUUGGGACCCCAAUAAUGCUUCUAAGAGAUUUUGACCCGGCUGCAGGUUUCUACAAUGGUACUAGGUUAAUUGUUACAUGGCUAGGAAAAUUUGUACUUCAGGCCAAAAGUAUAUCAGGAAAAAAUAUUGGUGAGCUGAUAUUAAUUCCUCGAAUAGAUAUGUCUCCUUCACAAUCACAAUGGCCUUUCAAGCUAAUUAGAAGACAAUUCCCAAUUGUUUUCUCAUAUGCUAUGACAAUCAACAAAUCUCAAGGUCACUCCUUUGACACUGUGGGCCUAUAUUUACCUAAACCAAGGUUCAGUAAUGGUCAGCUGUGCGCCACCUUUACUAGAGUCAAAAACAAACAAGGACUCGAGACUCUAAUUCGUGACAAUGAGAAAAAGGAAAUGUCCAGCACUGCAAAUUUAGGUGGUCUUCAGAGAGGUUUCCUAAACCUUUAACAAGAUUUUUUGUUUACGGGAACCAACCUUCACGGAGAUGUUUCUUGAUGAGCUAGGCGAUCAUUGGUGAUUAGUGAAUGCUGAUGGGAAUAAACAUCUUGUCAAACACAAUGACAAGCUGAAGAUAAAAAAUAGUUUCAACAACUCUGUCAAUGUCAUCAGAAUUUAAGCUUUACUUGGAUCUUGUUGCUAUUGAGUUAUAUUCCUAAUUUCCGUCAUUUUCUUUUAAA